CUCUUCUUUUACACUCUUCUUCUUCUGUUCAAAUCAGCCUAAACUCCAUUUUUUUCCCCAUACGAAUCAUCAUGAUUCAUCAUUGUUCAUUCACGAAACCCACUUUCUCAAUUUCGAUCUCGACUCAGAAGCAUCAUCAUCAUCAUUCAAGUAAAUUCUUGAAUUUGGGUUUCAGAAUCCGAUGCGAGUCCGGGGAUGUCUCGUCGCCGAUGCGGACCAAUGCGAUGGGUCCAUUCACGGGUAGAGAUCCGAAUGUGAAGAAACCUUCUUGGUUGAGACAAAAGGCUCCACAAGGCGAGAGGUUUCAGGAGGUGAAAGAUUCUCUUUCUCGUCUCAAUCUCAACACUGUUUGUGAGGAAGCACAGUGCCCUAACAUCGGCGAGUGUUGGAAUGGAGGUGGUGAUGGUGUAGCAACUGCAACCAUUAUGGUUCUUGGUGAUACUUGUACUCGUGGUUGUAGAUUUUGUGCUGUUAAAACCAGUAGAAAUCCUCCUCCUCCUGACCCAAUGGAACCAGAGAACACUGCCAAGGCCAUAGCCAGUUGGGGUGUAGACUACAUAGUUAUCACCAGUGUAGACCGUGACGAUAUACGUGAUGGUGGAAGUGGACAUUUUGCGCAGACUGUCAAAGCUAUGAAGAGACAUAAGCCGGAUAUAAUGAUAGAAUGCUUAACUUCUGAUUUCCGUGGGGACUUGGAGGCUGUCGAUACUCUUGUGCACUCGGGAUUGGAUGUUUUUGCUCACAAUGUUGAGACUGUGAAAAGGCUUCAGCGACUCGUAAGAGAUCCUAGGGCUGGAUAUGAGCAGAGCAUGUCGGUUUUGAGACAUGCAAAGAUCAGCAAACCUGGAAUGAUCACAAAGACAUCUAUAAUGCUUGGUCUGGGAGAAACAGACGAAGAGUUGAAGGAAGCAAUGGCUGAUUUAAGAGCAAUAGAUGUUGACAUUCUAACUCUUGGCCAGUAUUUACAGCCAACUCCAUUGCAUCUGACUGUGAAAGAGUAUGUCACACCUGAGAAGUUUGAUUUCUGGAAAACAUACGGAGAAUCAAUAGGAUUCCGCUAUGUUGCAAGUGGUCCACUGGUAAGAUCUUCAUAUAGAGCAGGAGAGCUAUAUGUGAAGACAAUGGUCAAAGAAAGCUACUCUAAAUCCUUGUCAUAAUAGCAACAAUGGAGAUCAUAAAUGCCACAAGUGAAACCUGGGACUCAACACAAAGCCUGUUACUCCUAUCUCUCUUUUUUGUCUUUCAAUUGACUUCAUUCAUUUUGGUAAUUUAUCCGAAUACCAUUGUGGAUAUAUAUAAAUAUUAAUAUAUAGUUUUUGUGUUUUAUAAAAAUGGUGCCAAUAAUAA